AUGGUCCAAGAUUCGAGCACGCUCAUGGAUGGCAACGGGAACACCGGUAACUCACCUCUCGACUUGGUGUGUGUCGGAUUUGACGUCACCGGCAUCGCAAAUGCUGUCGCUUUGAAGGAAAGAAAUGGGCUCAGUAAGGAUACUAUAUUCCUGGAGUCCCAAAUGGAAGUAUCGUGGACGCCUCUCCGGAGUACACCUGCUUCCAGACUGAGGACCUCAUUUCUCAACGACUUGAUCACCUCAGAAAAUCCGCGUUCCCACUUCACCUUCCUCAACUACCUCCAUGCGACCAAUAGACUCAUCUUAUAUGCCAACAGCGCUCAGCUUCGCCCGUCUAGAGAAAUGUUCAGCGACUAUCUGAAAUGGUGUGCUGCCCGCCUUCAGGUGCAAAUUCACUACGGCCAGAUGACCACCAGUGUGCGACCCUUGAGAGAUGGCAAUGGGCGCGUUGAUGCCUGGGAAGUGGCCUUUGUGGAUGCCGUGACGGGAGAAAAGAAAGCUGUCAUAUCCAAGCAAGUCGUUUAUGCCGCACCAAAUCAUCCUUAUGUUCCAGAAGUACUCCGCGCUCCUGCUCUUCAACCUCUCGUCCUGCACUCAUCAGAGUAUCUCGAAGCCAUUCCAACACUACUACGCGACAAUCCAAGAGCGCGCCUUGCAGUCCUGGGAAAUGGCCAAAGCGCAGCAGAGACAUUUGACCAGCUUCAUGGGAUCCGUGGAGAGCAUGAAGUCAUCUGGUUUACCGAAGACACUGUCCUUCGAGGAGCCGAUGAGACACCGUUCCUAUUGUCGAGUAUCAUGCAGCCCACUUCAUCGAAGCAACAGAACAUACCGCCCGAGGUCAGGAGAAGAGAGGUCAAUGGAGCCUCCCCCUUGGCCUCUAGUUUUUUAAUUGAAACGCGCCUCCUGAGACAGAUCUAUGAUGCCCAGUACGAUUUGAGUGUCAAAGAGCCGGACUCUAGAAAGUGGAGGUUCCAGAUCAGAUUCCAACAUGAGGUCGUAAAUGCGGAGAGAACUGCUCAUGGGCGCGUGCGACUUUUCGUGCAAACUCCUGAAAAUACAGACGAGCCAGCAACAUUCGACGCCGUCAUUUCCGCGACCGGCUUUGGAAAACACGCUCAUUAUAGAGCCCUCGAGUCUUUGCAACUGUUGUUUGAUGGUCCCAGCAUCACAGUCGAUCGCGAUUACCACAUCAACUUCAGAAAGGGCGUACUCGCGCCAGGGUGCGGGAUUUGGUUCCAAGGAUCGCUUGCCGACGAUGGAGACCAAAGUGACGACAGCCUCUUCCAGAUUAUCGCAGAGAGAAGUAGACGUUUGGCAGAGUCGGUAUUGCAUCGGAGGACCAAAGAGACCACUUCGAAAGAGGAGAUGUCCGCAAGGCUGUAA